AUGUCGCACGAAGGUGAAGAAGAUUUAUUAGAGUAUUCUGACAACGAGCAAGAGAUCCAAGUUGACAAUACGAAGGCAGCAGAAGCCGCCGCCAAUGGUGAUGAUUCUGGAGAUGCUAAGGAUGCAGAUAAGAAGGGAUCAUAUGUUGGUAUUCACUCUACAGGUUUCAAAGACUUUUUAUUGAAACCGGAAUUGUCGAGAGCAAUUAUCGACUGUGGGUUUGAACAUCCUUCAGAAGUUCAACAACAUACUAUUCCUCAGUCAAUUCAUGGAACAGAUAUUUUGUGUCAGGCGAAAUCCGGAUUGGGUAAGACCGCUGUUUUUGUUUUGUCUACAUUGCAACAAUUGGACCCGGUUCCUGGAGAAGUAUCAGUCGUUGUGUUGUGUAACGCGAGAGAAUUAGCGUACCAAAUCAGAAACGAAUAUCUAAGAUUUUCCAAGUAUAUGCCAGACGUUAAAACUGCAGUUUUCUAUGGUGGUACUGAUACGCGGAAGGACAUUGAAUUGCUGAAAAACAAAGAAACAUCUCCUCACAUUGUUGUCGCCACUCCUGGGCGUUUAAAGGCAUUGGUUAGAGAUAAUAACAUUGAUUUGUCUAACGUUAAAAAUUUUGUCAUCGAUGAAUGUGAUAAAGUUUUGGAAGAGCUAGACAUGAGAAGAGAUGUUCAGGACAUUUUCAGAGCUACUCCAAGAGACAAACAGGUUAUGAUGUUUUCCGCCACCUUAUCACAAGAGAUUAGACCAAUUUGUAGGAGAUUCCUACAGAACCCAUUGGAGAUCUUUGUUGAUGAUGAGGCUAAGUUGACCUUACACGGUUUGCAACAAUAUUAUAUUAAACUAGAGGAGCGCGAAAAGAACCGGAAGUUGGCUCAAUUGUUAGAUGAUUUGGAAUUCAACCAGGUCAUUAUCUUUGUGAAGUCAACCCUUAGGGCAAACGAGUUGACCAUGUUGCUAAACGCAUCGAACUUUCCAGCGAUUACUGUCCAUGGGCAUAUGAGACAGGAAGAACGUAUUGCACGCUAUAAAGCCUUUAAGGAAUUUGAAAAGCGUAUCUGUGUUUCAACUGAUGUUUUCGGUAGAGGUAUUGAUAUCGAACGCAUCAACUUGGCUAUCAAUUACGAUAUGCCUAACGAAGCUGACCAAUACUUACAUCGUGUAGGUAGGGCUGGUAGAUUUGGUACCAAAGGUUUGGCUAUCUCCUUGGUUUCAUCCAAGGAAGAUGAGGAGGUCCUGGUUAAGAUCCAAGAACGUUUUGAUGUGAAGAUUACCGAAUUCCCAGAAGAGGGUGUAGAUCCAUCUACAUAUUUGAACACUUAA